AUGACAGUUAAUAAUAACUGCAACUAUUUUUGCAGAUUUGAAACUAACAUUGAACGUUAUACAGUUGAUGUCGGUGAUACUAUUAACUUACGCACAAAUAUCGGUGGAUAUCCUUUACCGAAUGUCGAAUGGUACUUCGGUGAACAAAAACUUGAACAAUCCGAGCAAAUUGAAGUGAAAUUCGUGAACGGACUAGCAACACUAACAAUCAAGAAUGUAGAGAAGAUAAAUGAAGGUGUUUAUUACUGUCAUGCAGAAAAUGAUCAAGGAAAAGCUGUUUUGUCAUGUAACUUACGCGUAACUGACGCUAAAAGUGAACCAUCUGAAUCCACACACAAAUUAUCUCAUCCUCCUUCAAUUUACUACUUAUCAGAUAUUAAAAGUAAAGGUGAAGCUGAGGUAUUUUAUAACGUUCACGUUACGCACACUGCAGAAUCGUAUAGGCACCAUUUUGCCGCCAUUCAACCUGAAACAAUUGCAUUGGGUUACUCAUGUUUUGCAUCAACAAGUAAAAUCUGUGAUGAUUCUGUCAUAAUAACACAUGAAAAGAUGCAAAAAUUGAUGGAAGAAAUGAAAGAAGAAGUAGAAGUACAUACUACUCUCAACGUUAACGUGGAAAAAGCACCAGAACAAUUCACGCAUGAUGCCCACAUACUGCAACCAUUUGAUCAAAAUGUUGUCAUAUUUGGUCGUGAGUCAAAACAUACAAAGACUGAAGAAAUAAUGCAACCAAAUAAUAUUGUGCUCAUCGAAGAACAACGUGUUUUACAUGAGAGUCAAUAUACAGAAAAUGCCGUAAGAACGGUUGUGCUAGAAAAGCCAUCUCAACAUGUUACGCUCGAAGUGAUCUGUUUAUGCGAAGAAAAGAAAAAUGUAUGCAAGAAGAUGCAAGCCGUCAGUACAGUUGAUCUCGAAAAAGCUGAAAUGGUCAACGAGUUGAUGAAUACUUUCAUGGCCACAAAGACAAUGCGGAAAGCGUAUGCUGAAGCAAACGUUGAUGUAAGACGUCCGCAUGCUAUAUAUGAUCACAUUACAACAAUUGUUGAAUCCCAUAUUAUUCAUCUCAACGCCCAAUUUGUUGAACCAAUGUCGAUUAUUGAGCAAUUGCCUAGAAUGGACUUCCAUCUGCAAAAAAUUCAGGAAUCAUUGAAAGUAGAGUCAAGAAUUGUCGAGUAUUCAAGAAGACGUGGCACUGCAGAACAGAGAAUUGUUAUUCUUGAAAGUUUACCUCAGAAAUUCCACGAUGCUAUCAAAUUAAGCUUGAAAAAGAUUCAUGCACGUAUUGUCUAA